AUGUUCCGCUCACGGUUAAGAACGUCCGGCCUGGGCCUCGCUCAGAGCCUGCGACCCUCCACGACCUCGACAGCUCCCAGAUUCGCCGCGCCCCUCGCCGCUCGCGCCAUCCACCAUGUACCGACGCUCGCGCAUGACUUCUCCGAGGGAGUUCCCAGCCUCAUGAGCCCCGGCGGUUUCAACAUUGCCUGGUCAGAGUACAUGGCGCUGACGGUAGAGAAGCUCAACGCCCUGACAGCCGGUACCGAACUCGAAGACAAGGACGCCAAGACCAUCGCGCUCAUGACCGCCCGCGAACCCAACCAGGCCCCCAUCUUCAACUACGCCUCCAUGGCGCACAACAACCACUUCUUCUUCCAGGGCAUCGCCCCCGCGCCCGUCGUCAUGCCCGAGCAGCUGCGCGCCGAGCUCGAGGCCUCCUUCUCCUCGGUCGAGACGCUCCGCCGCGAGAUGAUUCUCACGGCCUCGGCCAUGUUCGGCCCCGGCUUCGUGUGGCUCGUCAAGACCGGCCCCGCCGCCUACCGCGUGCUGUCCACCUACCUCGCCGGGUCCCCCUACCCGGGCGCCCACUGGCGCGCCCAGCCCACCGACAUGAACACGGUGGGCGACCAGGGCAGCGCCCGCUCCUACUUCCGCAACCAGCUCCAGGGCGCGCAGCACCGCGCCGGCAACCUGCCGCCGGGCGGCAUCGAGCUGCAGCCCCUGCUGUGCCUCAACACCUGGGAGCACGCCUGGCUGCUGGACUGGGGCGUCGGCGCGGGGGGUAGCGGUGGCAAGGCCGGCUUCGCCGAGGCGUGGUGGGAGCUGGUCGACUGGGAGCUGGUUUCGAGCAGGGCCGGGCUUACGCGCCAGGCCCUGAAAGGCGCCAACUGA